CCCUGCUCUGGGAGGCGGUGGUGCAGCAGCAGGAUGAGAGUGAACGAGAGCGAUCUGAACAGCUCCGUCCUCCCGCGGGACCCUCCGUCCGAGGGCGCCCCGCGCCGCCCGCCGUGGGUGACCUCCACCUUGGCUGCCAUCCUCAUCUUCACCAUCGUGGUGGACCUGUUGGGCAACCUCCUGGUCAUUAUCUCCGUCUACCGCAACAAGAAGCUGAGGAACGCGGGUGAUCCCCGGACAUCCUGUUGUGCCCUGAGAGACAAUGGGUAGCCCGACACAUAUUUGACUCAAGGGAGAUAACUUGUAGAAGACUAAGUUGUAGCACAGAUUCAGGGUUCUGAUGAAAACUGAGAUGUUGAUGGCAAUGAACAUUAUUUCAGACAUGAAAAACUUCCAAUAUUAAAAAUGGAAAUGUGUUUGUUGUAAGCCUGGCAGUUGCAGACUUGGUUGUAGCAAUCUACCCAUAUCCACUGGUGCUCACAUCUGUAUUUCACAAUGGAUGGAAUCUGGGAUACCUUCAGUGCCAGAUUAGUGGCUUCUUGAUGGGCCUAAGUGUCAUUGGAUCAAUCUUCAAUAUUGCAGGCAUCGCUAUCAAUCGGUACUGCUAUAUCUGCCACAGUCUCAAAUAUGACAAGCUGUACAGCAACAAGAAUUCAUUGUGCUACGUUGUUCUUAUCUGGGUCCUAACAUUUGUUGCUAUCGUGCCCAACCUUUUUGUGGGAUCACUGCAGUAUGACCCCAGGAUUUACUCAUGUACAUUUGCACAAUCAGUGAGCUCAGCAUAUACAAUAGCAGUUGUGUUUUUCCAUUUCCUGCUCCCCAUAGCCAUUGUUACUUUCUGUUACUUGAGAAUAUGGAUCCUUGUUAUUCAGGUAAGGCGAAGGGUUAAACCAGAUAACAACCCCAGGCUGAGACCACAUGACUUUAGAAACUUUGUAACCAUGUUUGUGGUAUUUGUACUGUUUGCAGUCUGCUGGGCUCCUUUGAACUUUAUAGGCCUUGCUGUGGCUAUCAACCCAGCCACUGUAAUCCCUAGGAUUCCAGAGUGGUUGUUUGUAACUAGUUAUUACAUGGCAUAUUUCAACAGCUGCCUUAAUGCUAUAAUAUAUGGACUCCUGAACCAGAACUUCAGAAGAGAAUACAAGAGAAUUAUUGUCAGUUUUUGUACAGCAAAAAAUUUUUUCCAGGAUAGUUCUAAUGAUGUGGGAGACAGGAUGAAAAGUAAACCUUCUCCAUUAAUUACGAACAACAAUCAAGUGAAGGUGGACUCUGUGUAAAAAGGGGAAUCUUAUUAUUGUCACUCAACAGCAUUCAAAUAAAGAACUGUUUUAUUAGACGUACUGUUAAAUAUUAUAGUGAAAUAUCUCCUACACUGAAAGCACUUUGAUCCAAUUUCUUGCAUGGUAUUUUGAAACUCAAGUUACAGGGACUUGACAUGCAGAUCCUGUUAUACAAUGGAACAUCUCUUGUAUAAUAACACAAUGAUAUCCUUGAGGGAAUUACAAAGUUAUGCAUGGAUACUUCCUUCUCCAUCUCCUCCCCCUUAAAUGGAGAUAAACAGCUAGAAAUAGAUUGAAACAGAAGUGUCCACAUCACCUGGCUCAAUAAAAGAAAUCACAAAACUAUUCCUACCACUUUCAGCUGCUUUCUGGCCAGGUUGUGGUUCUGAUUCUAAAACCUCUGAGAACUUCUUUUAAAAGAUGAAAUCAGAAAUAGAUUAGGAAAUGUGAAGUGAGAAAUCAAGGUAAUUGAAAAUUCAUUAGGAUUUUUGACAAGCACCUCUAUCUAUAUUGCUUUGUUCCUAACAUGGACAUGAUUAUUAAUUUUUUUGAAAAUUAAACCCUACCAUCCCUCCUAGAAAUGGUAUUCUUAAUUGACUUUUCAGUUUUAAAAUAGCUUUUGGGAGGAGAAUUAUACCUGACUGAUUAUCUUCGAAGUUACAAGGGCAGGAGGACAAACAGCAAGGAAAGAAAAGAGCCAUGAUUCAUCAGCUCAAGCUGUUUGGGCAUGAAAAAAUGUGUAGGAGGGUUGGGAAGAGAAAUUCAAACCACCAUUCUUUCUGGAGAGACAGUAAGUCAUAAAAUCAGGAAGCGCCCCUGAGGAGUUUCUGGGGAAACACCUCUUAGAAACAUAAGCAAGGAAAAACUGUUAUUUCUCACCUGUGUACGGUACAGAAGUUCUAAACCUCUGUAAGAAGAAUAAUGAUGCAUUUAAGACAAAUGGUGCAUGAGGAUGAUAGUUUUGUCUGGCUGGUAGAAUCUUAACCUCUUGAAAACUUGGGAAAUGAAAAAUCUUUACAGAAUGAGAAUUUAACAUCUUUGACACCUGAGAAUAGCCUGAGACUAUGGGUUAUUUUGUAAUCUGCCACAGAUAAGCUUUUCAAAAUAAUAAUCAGGGGUUUAUCGCAAUGAUGAACAGAGUGUGAUAACCUAGAACAAUUAGACACUUCUAAAGAGCAGAAAAGAGAAGAUGCUACUUAUGACCCUGGUACAAGGAGGAACACAUGGCUUUUAGAACAGGAUUUGCUAAGUGGACUUUCCACAGAUAGCAGGCGCCUCUUCAUUGAGGGGAAGCGUAUACUGUGACGUAAGGAAGAAUAGCCAGACAAGCUGUCUGCUGCAACAAUAUAUCCCUGUUUAUAAUGAAGUGCUCUGGUGGAGAAAAGUGAUUCACAACAGAAUCCACCUUCAAAUUGACCUUAAUUUGUUCUGUAAAGAUGCUCCAACUGUCGUACCUUUUAAUACUCAAGUGUUCAUACUUUCACUGAUCAAGUACACUUGAGCUUUCCAAGCCAAUUUCAAACAUUUCAACUGGACUAAGAUUUUCUGAAUAGUCAUCAGAACUUCUGUUAUUCUAUAUUAAAAUGUGGUCCUUACCUAAACCGUUUGUUUAAAUUAUUACUUGAUUUACCAGAGAUGUUUCUGAGCCUAUAUAUCUUAGAAAUCAACAGUCACUCUAUGUCAUUUCAUUCCUUAAACUGCACACAAAUCGAUCAGCAUUUCAUCAUUCUUGGAUCAUACCUUGACUUAAUAAUGAACUAAAAGGGAACAAAUUCAUAUUUACUUGAAAACCCCAUUGACACUUUGUCAAUUGAGCAGUUUCUUACCUUAAAAACAGGUGCCUCAUGCCAAGUUGGGAAUGGAACUAACGAGCAACAUUGUAAAACCCUGCAAAAGAACUAGAAAGUCAAUGUAUUGCUGAGGUGCUUGACUCAUCUCUGUUUACAUUUACCACAGAACCACUGUGUAAAUAACCAGCUCUCUUCUGUUGUAGUAUCAUCAUAUGAUGCGAUAUGAUACAACAUGACUAACAGCAUAAAGUAUAUCACAGCUUUCUUCACUGUGAUUUCAUCCUUGAAGGAUACUUAGCUCUGUAAUUUUAUUGCUUUGUGCGUAGUGAUUGCAUAGUAGCAAGGGAGUUCUGACCACCUUUGUAAGAAAAGUUUCCAUGUAACAAAAAAACACUGUUUAAAUUCUUACAAAACUUGCCUUAUUUAAAGCAUAUUUUCAAUGAAAAUAAUGUCUUAUGAUGCAUCUAACAAAGUAGCAUAAAGAUAGCUUAAGUAGCUUAAUUAUUAGUAAAUUUAGAAUUUAGAAUUCCUGAAGAUCUUUCACUUGCCAUUUCCAACAGAAAGUGUACAUUUGACAUGUCUAAAUAUAUAUGAGCCGGUUCAAGAUACUGUAUCCAAUACUAUUGGUUAUCUGAGGAAUCAAAGUCCCCUGUAAUUCACAAGUGCUAAAAUAUAUUUUUGAUGAUGGUAAAAAUGGUUUGCUAUAUACAAUAAAACAUACUACACCAAAGGUAUAUAUUUUAUUGCAUAGGCCUGUAAUAGAAAUGGAGAGCAUUUUUCAGAGCUGAUAUUUUGAAAUAUUUGUAUUGAACCUAAUCACAGAAAUGUGCAUG